AUGGAAACCACCACUACUGUGCCCCUUAUAAUAGAUGGCAAGGAUGUUGUCCUUGCUUCCCGAGAGAGAUGGAUGCCAAUUCCUACUCUUGAAAACUCUACUUCUUCAUUUUUUCAAGGAGCAACAAAGGAACUGGCGAUACAAGCUGUAGAGUCCAGUGCACGCGCUUUCACGACAUGGUCCUCGACAACACCAGUCCAGCGACGCGAACUCCUCCUGAAACUGGCCGAGAUCUUGAGAAAUAGAGCAGCUGAGAUCAAGCAGAUCUGUGAGAGAGAAGUUUACAGUGGUCCGUUUUGGGCCGAUAUUAUCACCAAUGACAGCAUCGGCAUCAUCGAGGAGUGUGCAGCCCUCACCACUCCGAUAGCUACUGGCUCGAUCCCUUUCACAAAGGGAAAUUCUUAUGGGUUUGUUUUCAAAGAGCCUCUUGGAGUUAUUCUAGGUAUUGCUCCAUGGAAUGCUCCGGUCAUUUUGGGAUUCCGUGCAGUUAUCGCGCCCAUUGCGGCGGGCAAUGUUGCUAUCCUCAAAGGAUCUGAACUUAGCCCUCGAGUCCAUUAUUUUGUGGCAUCCCUGUUUCGGGAAGCUGGAUUCCCUCCAGGCGUGGUGAAUUUCCUUCUUCAUCGCCCAGAGGAUGCCUCGGAGAUCUUUGACACUUUGAUCACACACCGCGCGGUUAAAAAGUGCAACUUCACCGGCUCUACGCAGGUUGGCCGCAUCAUCGCCAGUCAAGCGGCAAUGGCACUCAAGCCAGUCUUGCUAGAGUUAGGGGGCAAGAAUUUCACUAUUGUGCUGGAGGAUGCCAAUUUAGACUUGGCAGCCCAAGAAAUUGUCAAGGGUGCAUUUUUGAAUAAUGGCCAGAUUUGUAUGUCCACAGACAUGGUAAUCACUUCAAGCGCCGUCGCUUCUACUCUCGAAGCCAAGAUUUUCUCCUUGGUGCAAAAAAUCGAUCACGCCUCUACAGUCAUCUCGCCGGCUGCCAAAUCCAAGCUGGAGAUGCUCGUGGCGGAUGCCCAAGCCAAGGGAGCUAAGAUUUAUACCAGCCCGGUUCCAUUCACUCCACUUUCACCCCAGGAAUUUCUUCCGACAGUCAUUACCGGCCUCACCAAGGAAAUGGUUUUCUACGAGACAGAAUCGUUCGGGCCGGUUGUUGGCAUUGUGACGGUUGAGUCUGAAGCCCAGAUCAUUGAGAUUGCUGAGCAGGCCACUUACGGUCUGUCGGCCUCCAUCAUCUCCAGUAACCACUAUCGGGCGCUCAAGUUGUCUGAGUCUAUCAAGGCGGGAGCUGUUCACAUCAACUCGAUGACUGUGCACGACGAGCCAACUCUGCCUCAUGGAGGACAUGGAGAAAGUGGCUGGGGUCGAUUUGGGUCUCAGUGGGGAAUGGAGGAAUUCAUGCAAACCAAGACUGUCACAUUACAUCCAUAG